AACAGGAGGCCCGGCCCAGGAGGGUGAAGAGAGAAGCCUGGUACCUAGAUCUGAAAUUCUGAAUCUGAAACAAGAACAGGGAGGAAAACAGAGAAAAAAGCAUGGAGUUCCGAGGAACUCUGCUCGACGCCGACGGUCGGCCGCGUGUGCUCGUGGUCCUGCUCCUCGACGCCGACCGUCUCCCAUGCAUUUUUGCUGCAGCGCUCCUGGAUCUUCAGGGCCGGCUGUUGACGGCCGUCGUCGUGGCCAGGAGGCGGCCUCUUCGACUCGGCCCCGUCGGCGGCGUGGCUCCCCCUCCGCCCGCCGUCGGGCUGCGACUACCUCUGUCCAACAUCACAGCCGUCGGAUGGACGCUCCCCAUCGACACCAGCCUGCCUCUUCGUCCCCCACCACUCUGCAGCAUCUCGCCGCCGCUGCUUCUACGCAGCCUCCCCGUCAUGACGCGAGGGCCGCCGUUACUUCCUCCCCUCGCCGUCCCGGCACCAGGGCCGCCCCGUCGUCCCCGAAGCCCCGCGAAGAAGCAGCUACGGAUUACUCUGCCGCCUCUUCCGCACGGCUCCGUUGCCAAGAACCUGCUGCCGUCGCCUCUCCUUCCCGGCUCCUUCGCCAACAACCUGCCGCCGCCUCGCUUGCACGGCUCCAUCGCCAACAACCUGCCGCCGCCUCGCCUCGCCCCAUCCUCCACGAGGCUCUGCCAUCAAUCAGGCAGAAAUUGCUCUGCCAGGGCCCGGCGUGCCGCCGCUUGUUUUGAGCGGCCCCGUUGUCAAGAACUUGCCGCCGCCGCGCCCCGUCUUUCGUGCAUCUGUUGCUCCUCUGGUGGCGUCGCCGGAUUACUCGAUGCCCGCACCUUCACCUAUUCCGGUCACCAAGAGCACGCCCUCCUGCGUGCGACCCGACAAGCACUUGCCGCCCUUCCUCAAACCUGAAUAUCUUGUACAGUUUCUCGACAAUGCCUUGUCAAUGCUGGAUAAGUUACAUGAUCACAGUGAGGCAAACCUUAAGCCAAUGCAUGUCGGUGAAGUUGGAAUUGAGAUGGCCCGUUUGGGGAAAACCUUAGCUCGUGAUGAUGAAAUCAGCCGGAUGGAGGCUGGUCUGCUACCUCCCCUGCUCAGCGGUGCAUUUAAUUCAUUUGAAUCAUUCAAGCCACAAGAAGCCAGCCAAACGAAUGAGCUCAUAAUUUCACAAGUUGCAAAUCUCGUUGGAAAUAUCUAUCGCGAUUUACCAGAAAAUUUGCAGAAGGAAUUGCUAAAUGAACUAAGAAGGGCCACGGAACAACCAACAGAUAACAGUGGACAGGCGAAGGGAUGGAUGUGGGGUACGUUCCUCUCAUCAGUCUGCGUCUCAUUGGCCUCCCAUUUGGCCAUGUUCUUGCUGUCUGCUCUGUGGCCCAGGAGCGAAAAUGUCAAAGAAGAAUCAGCUGUCGGCUCGCCAGCUCCAAGUGCAACAGAAAAGAGCGUCUUUCUUCGUUGGGGGGUUGAAAAAGUAAUUGGUCCUUUUCUCAUGUGUGGCGCUCUGACGGCCAUUAGGAAAUUCAUAAUCAGCAAGGAGAUGGGGAAGAAGAGCUACAAAGCAAAUGAGUUGGUUAAUUUAUGGAUCAAUACCUUUGCAAAAGGGACGUUCUUCGCUAUAAAAGAACUUCCAGUAACACGUGGUGGGUUAGUACUGUGGGCUCAUUUAGCGUCAUUUGCUAUUGAGCUUCUUGGGGCCCUAUGGUUACUAUGGAGAUUUGGCUUCUGGGAGUCAGAUGUUGUAGACAGUUGACCUGUAGAUUUUUGUGAUACUGGUGUGCAUGGUUUACUGUUUGGUUAACUACAGCUGCUGACAAACUCAUUAGCAGCUAACUGUAAUCUGUACUAUUGUUGAAGCUGGUAAUUGAGUACAUACAGAAUAGGC